AUGCGUUACAUCCACAGUGAGGAGACCAUCGAGGUCCCGGAGAACGUCAAGAUCUCCAUCAAGUCGAGACUUGUAACGGUUGAGGGCCCCCGUGGCAAGCUCACCAAGGACCUGAGCCACAUCGCCGUCAACUUCUCCGUCAUCAAGAAGGGCGUUAUUGGCCUCGAGAUCCACCAUGGCAACCGCAAGAACGUUGCCGCUCUCCGCACCGUCCGCACCCUUAUCAACAACUUGAUCAUCGGUGUCACCAAGGGCUUCAAGUACAAGAUGCGUUACGUCUAUGCCCAUUUCCCCAUCAACGUCAACCUUGACGUCAACAAGGAGACUGGCAACCACGUCGUCGAGAUCCGCAACUUCGUCGGUGAGAAGCUCGUCCGCACUGUCGUGAUGCAGCCCGGUGUUGAGGUUGAGGCCUCCAAGGCUCAGAAGGAUGAGCUCAUCCUCCAGGGUAACUCCCUCGAGGCUGUUUCCCAGAGCGCCGCCGAUAUCCAGCAGAUCUGCAGAGUGCGGAACAAGGAUAUCCGUAAGUUCUUGGACGGUAUCUAUGUUUCCGAGAAGGGCAACGUUGAGGAGGAGUAA